UAUAUAUAAUUGCUUAAUAAUGGCACAUAUAUUACAUGUGAGUUGCUUGUUUCUCCUUUGACUAUAUAAAACGUUUUUGUUUUUUUAAAAAUGAGUGACACUAUGAAGCAAGGAGGUUGCACACGCACUCUUGCAUUAACUGUGUGCUCUGCAGCCAUUGGUGGCACUUUUCAGUAUGGCUACAAUAUUUCAAUCAUUAAUGCACCCACAGCUUAUGUGCAGAAGUUCAUUAAUGAGACCUGUAUGAAGAGAUGGGGUACAGCUCUUGAGUCCAGUCAGGUGACACUGAUAUGGACCUUUAUUGUCUCCAUUUACUCACUCGGAGGACUUCUGGGAUCCCUGCUUGCUGGCCCAAUGGCUGUUAAGUGCGGACGUAAAGGUGCACUGCUGCUAAACAACUGCUUCCUUUUUCUGAGUGCAGUCCUGGCUCUGUGCAGUCGCUCUGCUAGCUCUUUUGAGAUGAUCAUCCUUGCUCGUCUGCUGGUGGGGGUCAAUGCUGGGGUUAGCAUGAACGUCCAGCCCAUGUACUUCGGAGAGAGUGCCCCUAAGAACAUGAGAGGUGCUGUUGCCUUUUCUUCUGCUGUUUUCACUGCUCUAGGGAUCUUGAUGGGCCAGAUAACCGGUCUGACUGAAGUUUUGGGGAGCGAAUCUCUCUGGCCUUAUCUGCUGGCGAGCAAUGCUCUCCCCGGCCUAGUGCAGCUGGUCACCUUGCCCUGGUUUCCUGAAAGCCCGCGUUACCUGCUCAUUGACCGAGGAGACCGAGAGGCGUGCGGUCAAGCCCUGAAACGCCUCCGAGCGUGCAGCGUUUUUACUGAUGAGAUGGAAGAGAUUCUCCAGGAGCGCGCAGAAGCAGGCGAAGCCCGUGCCAAAACGCCGUGGGAGCUGUUCAGUGACCGAAGUCUUCGCAGGCAGCUCUGCACCGUAAUGGUGGCCAGCAGUGCCAUGAUGCUGUGUGGAAAUGAUUCCAUUUACUUCUACGCCUCCUAUAUCUUUCAAGAAGUUGGUAUUCCAAUGGACAGGAUUCAGUAUGUCACGAUCGGCACGGGUGCCUGUGAGUUCACGUCUGCUCUGGUGUGUAAUCUCCUGAUCGAGCGCGUUGGCCGCAGGUUGCUCCUCGCAGGCGGGUAUCUGCUCAUGGCUUGCUGGGCGGUGGUCUUCACUGUCGCUCUUUCGCUGGAGGGCAAAGUGGCCGGCAUGCCCUAUCUGAGUAUGGUCUGCAUGUUCGCCUACAUCUUGAGCUUUGGCAUGGGUCCCGCAGGGGUCACCGGGAUCCUCCCCGCCGAGCUCUUUGACCAAAUGGCACGUCCCGCAGCUUACAUGGUUGCCGGUUCCAUGAUGUGGCUUAACCUCUUCCUCAUAGGAAUGGCGUUUCCGUUCAUAGUUAACGGCCUGGGACAGUUCUGCUUCAUCCCCUUCUGUGGAGUUUGUGUGACAGCAUGUAUUUUCGUCAUUUGCACUUUGCCUGAAACCAAAGGAAGGACUCUAGCAGAGAUCACUGAGGAGUUUGAGAAGCGGAAUAAGAAAGGCACAGCUAAUGGGCUUCCUAAAUACGGGCAGCAAUCUCAAAGUCUGACUGAUCCAUCAGAAUUCCUAGAAACUGAGAAGAUCUGAGAGAGAUCGGGCUGAUUUUGUGGUGCUACUGUACUCAGAUUUUAUGUUUGUUUUUUUUGUUUUUUUGUUUGUUUGUUUUUUAUCACUGACACACUGUUUUUUUGCCCUGUCUAUUCAUUUAUUUUAAAAUACCUUGAAAAUGCCAUAUAUAGUUCAUCAAGAAAAUUAUAAACUUGUGUACACUUAGAUUUAUUAAAAGUAAGGAAAAUGUUUUUAAUUUUUACUUGAUGGUUAUACUACAAUAUUGUUGUUAUUAAAUAGUUAAAUGGAAACGUUUCUUGAAAAUGGCAUAAAAAGCCAUAUGAAACUAGCAUGGAAAAAAAAGCUUUUCUGACGUGAUGCACUUUGAGCUACAUCUGAUUUAAAAAUGCUGCAUGUUGCAAAUGUUUUUUUUUUUUAAUUAUUAUUAUUUAUUAAUUAUAUUAAUUUAACUUUUAUUAUGUAUUCUUAUUUAUCAUCUGUCUUUUCCCAUUUCUUCCUUCCCAAUUGGUUAUUGGAAUGCAGCUAGAAAAUAUAACACCAGUAUGUGCAAUUGUGAAAAAAAAAAAAAAACAGGAGCAUGUUGGGAAAUUGUUAAACUGUGAUUUGAUUCUCCUUAUCAGGGAUGUUUUUUUUUUGUACUGUUUCCCAGAAAACUUGAAUCUUGACGCCUGCAAAAAUGAAAUCACUUAAAAUGUGCACUUAUGUAUUUUACCUCAUUCUGUGACUCAUAAUAUAAUGUUGUUAAAUAUUUAUUGCAAAAAUAGUAACUUAUUUUGAAAGAAACACCCAAAUAAUUUUACCAUGUAUUGCAUUUGUUAAAGAUCUGUAAGAGAUCUUACCAAGUAUUUGCAUGUUGCACCAGCAGAUGGCACUAUAUCAAUAUCAUUGUUUUUUUUUCUGUCUGCACUGUUUGUCUUCUCAAUUGGAUGUGCAAUUUUUAACCAAAAAAAAAAAAAAAAAGGGAAUUCACAACAUGCCAUUGCAUUUAGGUAUACCCACAGUUGUAAAGAA